GGAAGUUAACCAUUCCCCUCCGCUCUCCUCGUCCUCGUCCAGUCCUCGCGACAGCGGCGUUGGCGGACUGAUACCGGCGGCGGUGAAGGGGCCUGGCGGGGGAGGGGCGGAGCGUGGCAGCUGGCAGUAGUUCCGUCAGAGCGGACAUCUUGUGGCUGUGUCGUGCGCGUGAGCCCCGUAGGGCCGGGGAGGCACCAGCUGCCGCGCGGGGAGGAGGCCGAGGCCGCAGCUUGAGGGAGGCCCCGGCCCCUCUGUACGCGUGGGUGUGGAUGACUAGGGGAAGGGGAGGCCGGCCGCCUAGGGCUGGCCGGGCGCCUGUGUCGGGCGGAGCCGGUGUGAGAAGAGAGAUCCCCUCCCCCAACCCCUCCCCGCCGCCCGGGAUAAUCAGAGUUUUUGGCCGGACCCAUCUGCCCAUCGAGAGAGCGAGGAGUCAGGCAGAAAGAAGCACACACCAUGGCGCUGAAACGGAUUAAUAAGGAACUUAGCGAUUUGGCCCGUGACCCUCCAGCACAGUGUUCUGCAGGUCCAGUUGGGGAUGAUAUGUUUCAUUGGCAAGCCACAAUUAUGGGACCUAAUGACAGCCCAUAUCAAGGCGGUGUAUUCUUUUUGACAAUUCAUUUCCCUACAGACUACCCCUUCAAACCACCUAAGGUUGCAUUUACAACAAGAAUUUAUCAUCCAAACAUUAACAGUAAUGGCAGCAUUUGUCUCGAUAUUCUAAGAUCACAGUGGUCUCCUGCUUUAACUAUUUCUAAAGUUCUUUUAUCCAUUUGUUCACUGCUAUGUGAUCCAAACCCAGAUGACCCCUUAGUGCCAGAGAUUGCACGGAUCUAUAAAACAGACAGAGACAAGUACAAUAGGUUAGCCAGAGAGUGGACAGAGAAAUACGCUAUGUUGUAGGGUACAACAGAAUAUCUCGAGAAUGGACUCAGAAGUAUGCCAUGUGAUGCUACCUUAAAGUCAGAAUAACCUGCAUUAUAGCUGGAAUAAACUUUAAAUUACUGUUCCUUUUUUGAUUUUCUUAUCCGGCUGCUCCCCUAUCAGACCUCAUCUUUUUUAAUUUUAUUUUUUGUUUACCUCCCUCCAUUCAUGCACAUGCUCAUCUGAGAAGACUUAAGUUCUUCCAGCUUUGGACAAUAACUGCUUUUAGAAACUGUAAAGUAGUUACAAGAGAACAAUUGCCCAAGAUUCAGAAUUUUUUUAAAAAUGGAGCAUGUGUAUUAUGUGGCCAAUGUCUUCACUCUAACUUGGUUAUGAGACUAAAACCCCAUUCCUCACUGCUCUAACAGAUGCUGAAGAUACCAUCUGAGGGGGAGGGAGAUGGAUGCACAAUUGUCAUAUCAAAGGAAGCAACAUUGCUGUAGCAGCAUCCAUCUUGUUUAAGCCUUCCGUUGUUAGAGAUUUGAGGUUUCAUGAUAUACUUUAUGCUCAUAACUGAUGUGGUUGGAGAAUUGGUACUGAAUUUAUAGCAUCAGCAGAACAGAAAACGUGAUGUAUUUUAUGCAUGUCAAUAAAGGAAUGACCUGUUCUUGUUCUACAGAGAAUGGAAAUUGGAAGUCAAACACCCCUUGUAUUCCAAAAUAGGGUCUUGAACUUUUUGUAAUUUUCAUUUAAAUUUUGUUAGGAGGCUUGGAGCUAUUAGUUAAUCUAUCUUCCAAUACACUGUUUAAUAUAGCACUGAAUAAAUGAUGCAAGUUGUCAAUGGAUGAGUGAUCAACUAAUAGCUCUGCUAGUAAUUGAUUUAUUUUUCUUCAAUAAAGUUGCAUAAACCAA